CUAAUUGUUAUGCGCACAUACACGAAAUAAUACGUCAGUCCACACGAAACAGUGCACACGCGUUUCAGCGUCCACACCCGAAGCGCGUGCUGGAGCUCACGAACUUAAGCCGAACUUUGACGACUGCUAACAGACUGAACACCUCAACUGUCACAAUAGCUUACUGCCGUCUUGUUUCGUGCCUUGGAAUAACGCGUUAUCUUACCGUAAUAUCACCGAUGAAGAUUCAGAGUUUCCGUGACGUUCAUGUUUGUGCAAGCUUAAGUACUAGUUUGCUACUUCACCGUGAGCAACAGACAGCGUAGAACAAUGUUUUUAGAGAGAAUACCUCCACGAAUAGGCUCUUUAUUCAUGCUCAGGGCCGCGCGGAGGCAGGCCCACUCCUCCUCGGUGCCGCCGCAGCCGGUGCCUCCGCUCCUCCAGACGCUGCAGCGCUACCUGACGGCCCUGGAGCCGCUCCUGCCGCCCGACGAGCUCGAGCACACCCGCAGGAUCGUGCAGAAGUUCGGCUGCCCUGGAGGUCUGGGCGAAAAACUGCAACGAGAGCUGAUUAAGAGAGCAAAGCACUCGCACAACUGGAUUUCAGAUUGGUGGGUGCAGUGGGCAUACCUGGAGUGCAGGCAGCCCUUGGCAGUGCAUUCGAACCCUGCCAUCUCUUUGCCCAAACGUGACUUCACUGACUGGAGACAUAAGUGCAGGUUUGCAUCGAAACUGAUUGCAGGAGUGUUGGACUUCAAAGCUCGGGUGGACAGUGGGAAGCUGGCGCCAGAGUACAUGCGCGGACAGCCGUUAUGUAUGGAAUUGUUUCCUCAGUUGUUCUCCUCCUGCCGAAUCCCAGGCCCCAAACAUGACCUUGUGGUUCACUAUGGACGUCCACGCCGCGGCCCAGCUCACAUUACAGUGGUCAGGAACUACCAGUUUUUCCAGCUGGAUGUUUACAACAGUGAUGGAACACCAUUGACAGAAAGUCAGAUCCAUGCUCAGCUGCUGCGGAUCCGCUCUCAGUCGUGGAAAACCGAUAAGCAGCCGAUGGGGAUUUUGACCAGCGAGCAUCGUCACACCUGGGGUCAGGCUUACACGCGCUUGCUCAGAGAUAAAAUCAAUAAAGAAUCUGUGAGGCUGAUAGAGAAAUCAAUCUUUACGUUGUGCUUGGACUCUCCGGUUAUGAGGAUUUCUGAUGAGAAGUAUUCUAGUCGAAUGGCAGCACAGAUUUUGCAUGGUGGUGGGACUUUCUCAAACAGUGGCAAUCGCUGGUUUGACAAGACGCUACAGUUUGUUGUUGGUGAGGAUGGGUCUUGGGGUCUCUUGUAUGAACAUGCGACAGCUGAAGGUCCACCUAUAGCCACAUUGUUGGAUCAUGUACUAGAAUACUGUAAGAAACCGGACAGAAUGCGAGCUCCUUUGGUUCCUCUGCCCAUGCCCAAGAAACUCUACUUCUACAUCAAUUCUGAGAUCAAAUGGGAUCUAGAGAUGGCUGCAUCAAACAUAAGUCUUCUCAUCAACGAUUUGGACAUCAAAUGUUUUAACUUCCAGUGCUUUGGAAAAGAGUUUGUCAAACAACUUAAGCUGAGUCCAAACUCCUUCAUCCAGGUGGCGAUUCAGCUGGCCUACUACCGAGUCCACAGUGAAGUGUGUGCAGCCUGUGACAUCGCCUCUCUGAGGAUGUUCCAGGGAGGAAGAACAGACUACAUCCGCUCUCCGACCAAUCAGAUGCUGAGCUUCAUACGGGCCUUUGACGAUGGUGCCGUUUCUAGAGAAGCUAAGGUGCAGCUCCUGAGAGAGGCUGUUGAUGCAUACAGCGUCCUCACAGAGCAGUCGCUGAUGGGGCAGGGUAUCGAUCGCCACUUGCUGGGUCUUAAACUUCAAGCCAUCGAGGAGGGACUGAGUGUGCCCCGAAUCUUCAUGGACACGGCCUAUGGGCUUGCCACUCACUGGAAACUCCGAACAGGACAGGUGCCCGCCAACACAGACAGUGUGAUGUGUUUUGGACCGCUGGUUCCAGACGGCUAUGCAGUCUGUUACAAUCCACAGCAAGAUCACGUCCACUUCUCCAUCACUGCCUUCAACUGCUGUGAGGAAACCAACGCAGAGAAGCUGGCUCUCACAUUGGAACGAUCGCUUCGUGAUCUCCAGGAGUUAUUUCAGCCCACCGUUUAGCACCGUCUAGACAUUGAGAUGGUUUUAACACUCUAAUCCAGCACUGCAGCAGCUUCAGGGACACAGCCUUCAAUACGUGCUGAACAGAAUGGACUCCUGGAAGUGCCAGGCUUUGUUAAACAAGUGGUCUUCAUGGAAGCUUGCACCAGAGAUGCAGGUGUACAAGUAUGAUGGACCACUUGCUAAUAAGAAAUACAUCGCUAUUUUUGGUAUUUUAAGAACAGAUAUGAAAGCUUAAACCAGUAAUCUAAUGUAAUACUACACUUAAAAAAUAUGAAAUAAUCUAAUUUUGUGCAUUUGGGUCCCUCUGCAGCAUUAAGUUUCAAAUAAGUCAGAUUUUGUGUGACAUGUUACAUACCAGCAGUUCAAUUUGAUGUAUACUUCUUCCUCAUUAAAUGUGUGCUUUGUCAGGAAGUGACCAAAUAAUUAACGCAACACAUUUAUAUAUUGGUGUGAAAUCACUGAUUGUGUUACAAAAUCAGUCAUUGUUACUAUUUAAAUAUAUGGGAGAUGUCUGUUACUCAUUAUGUCCUGAAAAAAAAAAGUUUGUUUUCUGGUAAUAAAUUGAGUACAAGUGGUAACAAA